AUGCAUUCUGGAGCGAUGCCUGCUGACGGCCUGACGAAGGGCAGCGCCGAGGCUAGGGCGGUGACGAUCGACCUCCUGGCCAGGGACCGCUGGAGGCUGGUCCAUGACGACUUUUUCGCGUUGGCCAAGAAGCGUGCGGCAGUUGUCCGCCACGUUUUCUUCGAUGACGCCGUGAUCAGAGAGUGCAAGCCUAUCAGGUAUGGGGAAGACGAGGAUGAGUCGGUGCAGGUCUGCAACUGGGACCCGGGCGCGUUCGGCAAUUACCAGACCGACGAUUUCGAGGAGACAGGCGACUUCCUCGUGUGA